CGUCACGUCGCAGGCGCCACCCAGCGACCCGGCGACGGAGCGUGGUCAGGACUAUCACGGCCAGCAGAGGGCGCAGGCGAGCAGGCUCUUGGCUCCGCCCUCCUCGUCCAUGGAUGAAGACUUCUCCGUCUUCUCUCCGGAUCUCUCCUCCCCUUCCUCACGCCUGUCCUCGCCCGGGCUCGACCUCUCCGGCUGCCCGUCGCCAAACUCGCCGUCCUCAUCGCCGUCAGCGCGCCGCUACCUCUCUCCGCGUCGCGACCUUUCACCCCACGCCCGACACCUCUCGCCUCGCCGCGACGCCUCCCCCCUGCGUCACGUCUCGCCCAAGAGAGAGCUGGGGGUGGGCGGAUUCCGGCGAGACGUCUCCCCCAGGAGGAGUCACCUGUCACUGCUGUCGCCUCUGAGUCGACCCACGUCACCCGGGGGGCGGGACUACAAACGCGACCUUUCACCCCGGGGUCGACACAGGGGCGUGAUCAGGCCUCUCUCUCCUCGCAGAGGAAUCCACCAGCACCUGCUCCACCAGAGUCAGCAGAAUGCAGCGAGGACCUUGAGGACGAGUCACCACACGGGGGCGUCGGUGCAGGGAGAGUCUGUAGGACGUCGCAGAACCAGCGUCGACAUGGAGACGGAACUUGGCACAGGUUUGUCACCAGCGGGGGAGCGUCGUCAUGGUAACAGGUCCAGCCCCCCUCACCAGGUCCUCUUCAGUCACCUCCCUCUUCACUCUCAGCUCCAGGUUCGUUCUCCGUAUCCAAUGAUCCCCAUCGGAGGAAUCCAGAUGGUUCAGUCCGUCCCCGCCUCCCUCACCACUCCUCUGUCCCAGCAGGGGGCACAGCUCGCCGCGGCGGCAGAGGACUUGACCACUGGCAGCGACGCUGCUCCUCCUCAUUACACCUCCUUCAUCGAGAGAGGCGGAGGAGCAGGAGGAGGAGGUGGGGAGUGGCUUAGGGAGACUUCAUCGCCUCGCUUGUCCUUGCAGGAGAAGGAAGGAGGCGGAGUCAGGCAGGAGCAGGAGGAGGGAAUCCAGACCUGCACCAAAGCCAUCGCUUCACUCUGCAUCGACUCUGAGGAGUCAGCAGAGAGACGAGGAGGAGGAGGAGGACGAGGAGGAGAUGAGGGGAGACCUCCGUCCUCCUCGUCCACUUCGUCCCUCGACUCCCAGCUGCAGCUUCUCCAUCCGUCCUCUGUGUCUCCGUCUCCUCCUGGGACUCAGCACUUUAGCGGCCUGGAGCUCAGGCCUCCUCACUCGUCCCUCCCUUGCUCCCCUCACUCCUCCUCCUCGCCAAGCCCCGCCCCUGGCGGCAUCCAGCCGCCUCCGACAGCAUCCCAACCCCUGAAGCCGGAGCAGGAAACGGAAAUUACGAAGAGAAGCAAAGAGGCGUCGUAGAAGGAGAAGAGGAGGAGGAUUUUUUUAAGGGAUGACGUGCAAGAGAGAAAAAACACACAACUUUCUUCAAAUUCAACACAAAUUUACUGAUUCUUUUUUGUUAAAAAUGAAAAGUGACUUCUGCAACACACACACACACGCGCACACACGUACAAAAACAAAAACUCACAACAGGAAGAAAAAAAACAUGAAUAAAACAACUAAAAAAAAACGGUACAAGACAAAAGACAAAAGUUUGACGUUUUUGUGCCUUUUUCUCUUUGAUGUUUUUUGCUUAUAUUGUAAUAAGCAAACAAAGCAGGAAGGUAAAUGUAAAUAAACAAUAAUAUCAUGUUUUUUGUGUAUCAGCUUUGUAAUAAAUGUAAUCCUUCCUUCCUUCCUUCCCUCCUUCCCUCCCCCCUCUCUCUCACAUGGAUGUGAAGUUUAAAUACUUACGUACGGUUGCACUAAAAACAUAUUUUUAUAUGAGUGAAAUUUUAAAAGAACUUAAGCUUUUUUCUCGUGUACAGCAGCGAUUUUAUUCUAUAAGAACUAUUUAUUAUUAUAAUUAUUAUUAUUGUUGUUGUUACUAUGUUUCAUAAAUUGUACAUUUUUUUAAAUGUCGUGGAAAUGACCUUUUCUAUGUGAAGCAGGGCGGGGCAGGGGGCGGGGACACGUAUGUACACUGUAACAUGGCUUCAUAUGUUAUAUAUGUACUAUUUAUAUCUAAAUAUGUAUUUACGUAUAUAAACACACAUGUACGGAAAUAUAUAAAAGUGAGCACAGAAGAAUAUUUACAGCGUAGAAAAUAUGUCUGUCUCUCUGUCUGUCUCACUCUCUGCACAUAUAGAAUAACGUUCACAUCAAACUUUCGCGAUGUUUUUUCUCAGCAUUAAGUGAAUUCUAAAAGCUCCAACCAACUAACCACAAACCAACUAGUUCACCAACAACCAAGAAAACUAUCAGCCAACAACAACAAACAACCAUAAACCAACCAAUCGUACACCAACCAACCAGCUGAAAAAAACUAACUAACCAACCAAGGAUCCGCCCAACUAACCAGAUAAAAACCAAACAACACUCCACUCACCCCUCACAGGUGUCCAAUCACAGUCUGACGUUAGCGUCUGACGUUAGCAUCUGACGUUAGUGUCUGCCGUUGGCGUCUGAUGAUAGCGCCUGACAUUAGCAUUUGAGGUUAGAGUCUGGUGUUAGCGUCUGACGUUAGCAUUUGGUGUUAGCAUCUGAUGUUAGCGUCUGGCGAUAGGAUCUGAUGUUAGCGUCUGGCGUUAGAAUCUGAUGUUAGCAUCUGACAUUAGCGUCUAUUUCCCUCUGGAUGUGAAGCAACCAAACCCUUUUUUAAUUUUAAUGUUUUUUUAAUCCUGAUCACAAAAGCACCUUAUUAUAUAUUUUGAUUUUAUUUUUUAUUGUUUUACAUAACCCCCCCCAUAAUAAUAAUAAUAAUAAUAAUAAUACAUUUAACUUUCUGCACUCCCCUUUCAUUGACUCCUCCUCCUCCUCCUCCUCCUCGUGGAUGUCCUGUUUUUUUUCCAUUUUUUUAAGCUAAGCAAUAUUUCGCCAAAACUCUGCAGCAGCAGGGAGUGAAUUUGUUGCAAGGCAACAAUUGUGUAAAAAAUCCUUCAAUCAGAAGAAGGGAGCAGCAGGAGGGGGAGGGGCCGUGAUGAUUUCUGACAGUAGGGGGCGGAGUCGGGCAGGCUGCAAUGUGAGCGUGUGUCUGUGUUUCCUGUAUCGACCAGUUUAUAUUUUUUAAAUCCUCCCGCUGUUCUGUAAACUUCUGAUGAUGAUGAUGAUGAUAAUGUCUUUUGAAAAGUCUCUUGUUUCUCUUUCAGAAAUAUCAAAGCACAAGUCAUUGUGUCGUCAUGGCAACGUUUCCUGUGCGUUUUAAAGACUAAACUUUUGUGACGUGUUUUCUGUGGAAUUUAUAACAAAAAUAUCAAAUAUCACGUUUGAACCAGAGGAGAAAAUACUGGAUUGUUGUUUUUAAAUAAAUAUGAAUACAAGCGUU